AUGAUUACACAGACUAGAAGGAGGCUGCAAUCUUGUGAGUUUAGGAGAGAAUGCCUGGCUGGAUUAGCACACAGAUGAUGGGUGGACUGGAAGGGUUAAAGAUUUGUACUUUUGAGUUAAUGAAAUAAGCCCCACAAAGGAGGAAUGUUGAUCUGAGCAUUCUGGUCUGGGAGUAAUCUUUGCAAGACAGCAAGAGAGCGAGAAAGAGCUGCAGAUCUGCAGGACCGAGCAUGCCACAAGGGGGUGGCUCCUGGGUGGCACACCAUCACUCCACUCAAGCAUGAGAAAGCCAGGAAAGGCCACAGGAACCCAGCUUGACACCUUGGGCAGCCACAGUUCCCAUUGGCUCCAGCACCUCUUAAGAUCAUAACCCUCUCACCGUGGGCACAUGACAUGUGAGAAGGAUUACUUAUUGACAACUCCAAUGUGAGCUCUCAGAUGGAACAAGGGGAAGAGCUGUGGGUCCCAGAUCUCCAGGGCUGUGAGGAACGAGAGAUUUCAGGGCUUGACUCCUGUCUGGAUUCUCUCUCUGUUCCAGCAGGUGAUGAGACAGUGAGUGAGAAGCAGGAAGGUCCCGAGCAAGUGGAACCACCUGGGAUGUUAUUGGGAAGAGCUAAAAGAGAUGUUUCCCAGAGUCAUGAGCAGGGAGAAGCCUGUGAGAGUCAGUGCAGGCUGGAGAAGCAUCAGAAAAACCAGCAAGGGAAGGGAGAGAGAAAACCCACUUGCUGUGGGGAAGGACUCAAGAAACCAAAAGACAUCUCAGCCUGUCCGAGAGAAAGGAAAGGAGGUGAAAAUGGAGAUACACGCACUGUGUCUUGGAAGAGCUGUAGACAGAGCUCAGAACUUAGUGUUCAGCAGACAAUCCACCCUGGAGAGAGGCCCAAUAAAUGCCCUGACUGCGAGAAAAGCUUUAGCCAGAAAUCAGCCCUUGUUAGACACCAAAGACUGCACACAGGAGAGAAGCCCUACAAAUGCAGUGACUGUGGGAAGAGCUUCAGCAUGAGCUCACACCUGAUCACCCACCAGAGCCUGCACACAGGAAAGAGACCCUACAAGUGCUUGGACUGUGGGAAAAGCUUCAGCGAGAGCUCAAACUUUAUUCACCAUCGGAGAAUCCACACAGGGGAGAGACCCCAUAAAUGCCCCGACUGUGGGAAAUGCUUCAGUAACAACUCAGACCUCAUGAGGCACCGCCGGACCCACACGGGAGAGAGGCCUUACGAGUGCCUGGACUGCAGGAAGAGCUUCAGUGUGAGGUCCCAUUUAGCAAGACACAAGCGCGUGCAUGCAAAGGAGGAGGAGCUGGAAAGCUCCUCCCUUCUCACACAUCAGAGAUUUCCGUCGGACGAGAAACUCUACACAUGCCCUGACUGCGGGAGAAGGUUCAGGGACAGCAGAGGCCUCGUCACCCAUCAGAGAAUCCACAAAGGGCAGAAAUGCUACCAGUGCUCCAACUGCAGAAAAAGCUUUGGGGUGAGCUCAGCUCUUUCUGAGCACCAGAGAAUCCGUGCAGACGAGAAACCCACCCUCUGUCCAGAUUGUGGGAAAUGCUUUUUUCAAAGCUCAGAGCUGCUCCUCCACCAGAUUAGCCAUGCAGGGGGAAAGCCAUACACAUGUGAAGAGUGUGGUAAAUGCUUCACUCAGAGAUCAAAUCUCCGGGCGCACCUCAAACAUCACACAGCUGAGAAGCCCCAUAAAUGCACCCAGUGUGGGAAGAGCUUUGUCAAGCGCUCCAUCCUGGCCAGGCACCAGAUCACCCACAUGGACCUGAAACCGUUUAAAUGCUCUGUGUGCAGCAAAAGCUUCACUCAGCUCUCCAGCCUCACGAGGCAUGAGAGGGUCCAUGAGGCAGAAAUGCUCUCCGAGCCCCCUGACUGGAUGGCAGAAAUGAGCCAUACGUUCAUCGAUUCCAGAGGGCGAGCGUGGAACUGGGCUCAAGAGUACCCAGCUGCCCAGCUGUGGGGUGAGGAGGCAGCCAUAAUCAGCCCCAAACUGAUCAGUGACCCUCGGCCUAUGCCUGAUCCAGCAUGCCAUUAAAAAUCCUGCCCAGCCCCCGGCCCACUCUCCUCUACACUACACUCCCUCCGCGGGGGCAGGGAGAGGAAGCAUAGCCAU